AUGACUAAAAACGCGGAAGGCUCGAGGGAGGAGCUGUGCAAAAUCGCGGACGAAGAGCUGAUGAAGUGGAGCAAGGAGGAGCUGGUGAGGAGACUUAGGAGAUCGGACGCCGAGAAGAUGACGGUGAUGAUCGACCACAGUAACCUGAUCAAGGAGGUGAACCGGCGGCUGCAGGUCCACCUGACCGAGAUCCGAGGGCUCAAGGAGGUCAACCAGAAGCUGCAGGAGGACAACCAGGAGCUGCGGGACCUCUGCUGCUUCCUGGACGACGACCGGCAGAAGGGCAAGAAGGUGUCCCGGGAGUGGCAGCGGCUGGGCAGGUACACGGCGGGAGUGAUGCGCAAAGAAGUUGCCCUGUACUUGCAGAAAAUGAAGGAGCUGGAGGUGAGGCAGGACGAGGUGGUGAAGGAGAACCUGGAACUGAAGGAGAUGUGCCUGAUGCUGGACGAGGAGAAGAGCGCGGGCAGUCGCAGCUCCAUAGACAGCCAGUCGAGCCUUCUCCACCUGAACGCCACAAGUGGUUUGAGGGACCUGGGAGACGGCAGCAGCACCUCCAGCACGGGGAGCACCGACAGCCCUGACCACCACAAACAGUUAGCAGCGGGCAGCCCCGAGCACCUCCACAAGCACCGCGCUCCGACCGGGGGCAGCCCCGAGCACCAGAAGCACACCCUAGGCACCGGCAGCCCCGAGCUUCUGCCCAAGCACAUGGUCAGCUCCAGCCCCGACCGCCCGAAGCACAUGAUGGUGGGAACUCCGACCCCGGAGCAUCUGCAGCAGCACCGAGGCGGCAGCCCCGAGCGCCUUAAGCAACAUUACGGUGGCAGCCCCGAGCAUGUGAAACACUUGGGCGGCAGCGGCAGCAAGGAAGGGACUCUGCGGAGACCAUCGACGGCAGCGGCAGCGCCAGACGAGCUUUCGCCUCAUCACAGAAGUGUGUACAAUGGGAUGAAUGAGCCAGCAGUUACUUACGUCAAACAGCUGGAGACCAGAGUGAAGCAACUAGAGGAAGAAAACCGAAUGUUACCCCAGGCUCCGUAUAGGCGGAUGUCAGGAGCUGAUGGGACAUUGUCAUCUCCAAGUCAUCAAGGUGUAAAAUGUGGAUCUAAUUCAUCGCCACAGAAACCCGAAGCUGUAGUUCAUGCUAUCAAGGUCGUGGAAGUGCAUGAAAAAGACAAAGAUGAAGACUACGAGAAUGACCUGAGUGAAACAGAGAAAGCAAUAGUCAGAGAAAUGUGUAAUGUGGGUAAAUUGUGCCACAGUAUUCAGCUGUUGCUGUGUCUGCCACCUAACUCUCAUUUAGUGGAUCCUUAGUCCUUGAAAAUGAGCACAGCAAGAGAACACUUCCAUCAUCAAGUCUCAAAGUAACAAAGACACAAAUGAGGAUAUCAGCUGCAGAGAGAUGAGGCAGGCAUGGAAUUGAGCAACCUAAUAGAGGGGAAAGGAGGCACGCUUUGUGAUGAAACAAUUAUAUGGUUGGAAACUUAUGUUUGGAUCAAGCAGAACACUGAGUCAUGAAGUCUUGCUAGGCUUAAUACAGUAACAAGGGAUGGAAAUAAUUUCCACAAAGUUGAGUUUGUGCAGGAAUCAAUGGCUUUAGUCCUCAUAAUAUUCAGUUUGAGAAAAUUGCUGUUGAUCUAAGUUGGGAACUCAAUAAAAUGUGUGUCACAAUGGACAGUGGGGAAGUUGAGAGAUGUUGUAGUGAGAUAGAAUUGAAUAUUGUCUGUAAACAUGUGAAACCUAAUGUUAUGAUUUUGGGUUGCAUCGCUAAGAAAUAGUAUCUAGAUGAUAAGUAGUUAUCUGGGAAACAUCAGAGGUAAUAGGGUGAGGAGCAGCAAAUAACUACUCCAGGUAACUCUGGUUCUGCUCAGAAAGCUAAAACUCAAGGACACAAUUUAUUUUACUCCAGGGCAAUAAUAAAAGACACAGAUGAGGAAAUUGCAGCUGCCAUGCUCAUUUUUUUUCUCCUUAUUUGGGAAAUUUAUCUUUGAUUUUGAAGGUUGGAAAAGUCAGUCAACUACUUAAAAACAAAAAGGGUGGGUGGGAAGGAGUAAGAUGAUAACUACAACCUGUCAGGUUGUGUUCAUCCAGCUCCACACCUUGUUAUUUCUGUCAGGUUAAUGUUGUCUGGAGGGGGGUGAUUGGAAGGUAUCAUCAUGGGAGUGAGAGAUCUGUGAGACCAUUUGGAGAAGGAGGUGUGACUUUAUGAGAGACCUGUGACAGCCAAUUGGAGUGUGCUCUGUCAGCGUUUGAGGUAGAUGGUAGAUGUAUGAGAGCAGAGACAGGCUGGGCAAUGGGAAACAUGUGAGAGUGUGAGGAGGGUGGAACCGUGGUAGUAUUUCACACUCUCACGUGCAGAGUUGUUAAGCUCAAAGAGCCAUUACAUUCUCAGAGCUUGCAGAAUUUUGACUCUCGAUUUGGAAAGCUAUGCACUAGAAUGAAUACAAUAGGGUCGAUAUGAACAAUCUAUUGUUUUCCAAUGAUGAAAUCCAUAAGGAACACUCUUAAAAGUUACCAUGAUCUAACUGAAUUGGAAAAUAUGGCCCAGAGAUUGAACAGUGUACUUGUAUCCCUAUAGUCCCUUGAGGGUAUGAGCAAAUCAAGAACAACAAAGAAUUUGUUAAAAUUUGCCAGUUGCUCCUUAAGGAUCUUUACCGUGAAGGGUGACACAAUAAAUGAGACGCAGUGGAUUUGACAUUCUGAGAAUUUGUCAAGGCAAGAAUGAAGGAGUAUUGAGCUUUAUUUAAACUUGUUCUUCUUGACCUGGGAUACUUUGAACAUAACUUAACCAGUAUUUGAUUGAUUGCUUUGAAAAAUCACACAGAAAGGCAAAAUCUAGUCAGCUACAGAUUGUUUUAAUGGAAAUUCAAAUCUAUAAAAAGUACAUUCAUGGAAGCUUGGAAAAAUAUUCACAUCAGCACCCUAGUUGAAAUAAUUGAAGCAUAUAAACUGACAUCCCAUAAACUACAAACUGUUAAGUUACUUGAAAAUCAGGACAUGCAUGACUUCCACGAUUCCAUUUUUUUUUUACUUAUUUUAUCCUUAAUAUUUUAACUUACAUGUUUGUAUAUGUUUUCAAACAGAACAAUAAUUGAACAAAUUUCUUUAAAUAACAAUUUAUUCCAAUGUAGAUUUUCAAAUACAUAUUAUCCACUUCUAGUUUUGUCCCAGCUGGUUUUACAUAUUCCAGUAUUAGAACAAUUACAUUUUUUUGGAAAUGCAAAAUCUCAUCUGGGCUUUGCUCCCCUUUAUUAUGGAUAUUAUAUAGUUGUCUUAUAUAUUUUAAGAAUGAAGUAUAUUAAAGAAGACAUUGUAGUGAAUUGAUUUUUGUUAGUUUUGCCAAUGAAAAGGAAUUCUACAACAUGAAAUUCUAUGUUGCCUUCUGAAUGCAUGUUGAAAUGCAUCCCUGACAUGCUAGUGUGAAAUAAACGCACAGAUUGUUGUGCAAUAUGUUCUAAGCUGUACAAUCUUGAAAUAUUUUAAGCCUACUUUAAUUUUAGCUGAUUAUUUAUGAUGGAAUGCCUUCAUCUUUAUCAGUCAGUAUUAAUCAAAAGUGUUCAUCUUCUGUGCACUUUGACAGGAUUGGUAUAAAUAUAUGGUUCAAACCCUGGAAGUGUUUGUAACCUGUUGUUUUAGUCAUGCGGAAUGUUUGAAUGUAUUAACAUUUCAAAACAACCCCAAUCUGAGUGUUUAUGCCUUUAUAUUAUUUUAAGUAAUAUGAUGACUUAACAUAUUCACUACCAAACUGGUGUGUUAUCCUGACCUCCCAAAUUACUACACAAUAGUCAGUCAAGAAAAUCUUGUGAAUUCCCAUAUUUUAAUUCAUUAGAUUAUGGGUGUAAAGGUUGGCUCGAAAACUUUAUAAGCAUCAAAACAACACUGCAUAAUAAUCUUUUAAAUAUAAAGAUAUUAAUUCUGGUAUAUUGGCCCAUUUCCUAUUUGAUUAAACAGCCCGUUACCAGAUUAUAAAAACAAAUGUAUUUCCACUCUCCGGAGGGACCAUGGCACCUGCAACCAUUCCUUUCAGCUCAUUAAUUCAGGGCUUUGUGUUACUUCUUCAUUACAGAUCAAAUAGUCUGAAUUGGGUUUUGUAAGCCCUACUGAAGUGCUGUGUUCAGCCAGACAGUCAAAGAUUCUACAAGCGCAGUAUUAGCCGAAUUUCUCUAUGAGGAGAGAACUGAUGUUAAAUGAAUAUGGAUGGCAUAGUCAUUUCUUUACACCAAUAUGAAAAUAUGCAAGCCACAACAAUAGGACAUGUAAAUGGAUUGUUCUUUUGAAUCAACUAUCCUUCAAAAUGGUCAAAGCCUCUUGUCAAGCAAGCUAGUUGCAGACUGCUUAUGAAUUAAUAUGGUGCUUCAGUGUUUCAGAGAUUCUUAGUGUGAGACAGUUUCCCUACUCCCAACAGGUUGCACAAAAUGAGCAGAUAAGAGAGCGAGAGAAGUCCCAACCAUUCAUACAGGAGUUACCUGAGGAAUAGUGCCUUGACUUGAUCUCUCUUGGAAGAUCACUGACUCUUUUUUGAACUGCAUGGCUGUUCUUGGGAUCUCUAAGGCAUCUAAAUAUCCUAUUAUGAGGCCUCCUGCGUCACACUAACAGUCUGUCCCUCAAAACAUUAUUUCAACCAGGAAAAUAUUCAAGGAAUAAUUACAAAUAUGCAAUUUUCAUCCUAUUGCCAACUGCCCUAUAUCUUCAGACUAAGUUAUUGUCACUAUUAAUCUCCAAAAAUAUGGGCAGCUCUCCGUUUUAAUUAGAUUCAGCAUUUCAAAUACAGCAGCAAUAAUCUGUUUCUCUCUCCCUCCUUUCAAUGAUAAAGGAGCCUACCCAAAUCUGCAGCAAAAAUCAAUGGGAAGAUGGUGGAGUUAUCUAGACCAGUAAAACUCUCUUAUAGCUAACUUGCUUACGGGGGUGAAAUCCAGCCAUUUGUUUUCUGAAAAAUACUUACGAAAGGAUUUGGAGAUAGUAAGAACUGCCGAUGCUGGAGUCAGAGAUAUUUCUGAAGAAGGGUCCCGACCCGAAACAUCAGAAUUCCUGUUCCUCUCAUGCUGCCUGGCCUGCUGUGUUCCUCCAGCUCCACACUGUUUGAUAAUGUUAGUAUCUUCUGACAGAAAAAGAUGGUGACAUUUGAGUCAUUUUUCUCAAAAAAAAUGGUGCUCACUUCAAGUAGUGAAUAUGUUAAGCAUAUUUAAAAUUGCUGUACAAGAUGGCUGAAUGUAACAGACUAUGGUGGUGCUUGCGCUUUUACAUGUGAUUUUUGGAGAAAAAUGCAUUUACUCUGUAUAUCAGUAAUAGUAGGGUGCAAUGGAAUUAAGAAACUUGAGGUCAAAUUAUUAUUAAAUGAAAAUAUAAAUUAUAUAGACUGUUGUGAACUCUUGCAAAACUUUCAAAAAUGAAACGUUCCGAAGCAAUGUUCCCUCAAACGUCUGGUUGCUAUGCUUAGUCAGUUUGUUGUUAGACAAGUCCCCUUUAAGCUUUGUGGGGCCCACUUCUGCACAUCUUAAGGGAAUGUUGAUCGUGCGUAGCCUGUUUGUUCCCUGUGCAACAAAUGCCUAGUUGUUGUGUGGCCAUACACCUACACAGUUUCAAGGAAACAUUGUUCCUAUAGUCUUUCCCAGCUGAAAUGUGACAUUAUGACCAAAGUUUGUCAUUAAUCUUAUGAAAUUUGGUAUAGUAUCAUUCUUUACCUUUUUUUAACUUCUGACAUAUUCCGCAGCUAACUUUUUUUCCAAACCUCCAGCUACAAGCCCAUCCCUGUGCAUGAGUUGGGAAGGCAGUCAUUCAUAGAGCAAAAUGAAGCUUUUAGAAGCUGGACCAGACUCUCUGGUCUUUUGUUCCUCAUGAUUUACUUUUGUGAAUGUUUUAACUUAUAAAAUUAGGGAAAAUUAAUGCUAUCAAAUCUAUACAAUUUCUAUUUAUGUCACCCAGUAUCAGCAUCAAUAACAAUUCGGUUAGAUGUAGAGUAACACUCCCUUUAUUCUGUCACAACAACACUUUUUAAUCCUUUUUAACACUUUUUAAUUUCUAUCAAUUACUAUUAAAUCAGAAUAUUGUCUCGUUUUUGCACUCAGUAAAGGACUGGGAAAAGCUGGUUUAACACACCUCAUGGGAGACUCUUAGUACUUUUACCUCAUCAAUCUGGGAUGAACUGAAAUCACACUGCCCUUGAUGAAACAAAAGAAGGAAAGACUUGCUUUUAUUUCAUGCCCUUUGAAGUCAUUGGCCGGCCCAAAUGAUUCACGGUAAAUGAAGCACUUUUGAAAUAUAGCUACCACUGGAAUGUAGGGAAAAUGGUGAUCAAUUUUUAACUCCAGCUUAAAGAUUUAAAGCCAACGCAGAAUUUUGAAAUAAAAUGUCAUACAUUCUUGGGUUCCAAUAUUUGUGAAAUAUACAUCUGUUCAGUUUAUAAUGAAUGAGUAACACAACAAGAACCUGUCUGUCAUUCUGCUUUUUGUUUGGCAGAGUUUAGCAAUCUCACUCAUAGAGGGUAUAGUGAAAGGUGUAUUACAAAUGCAUGAUUAACAAAAGUGCAAAGAAGCUCCUGUUCUUAAAAUCUCACACUGUGGAAGUAGGCUAUUUGACCCAUCCAUUCCACACUGACUCGCUAAAGAGCAUCCCACAUCAGACCUACCACCCCCAACUUGUGACUUUGCAUUUCCCAUGGCCAAUCCACCUAACCUGCACAACUUUGGAUUGUGGGAAGAAACUGGAGUACCCCGAGGGCACCGCACAGAUAUAGAUAGAAAUGUUCAAACUCCACACAGUCACCUCAAGGUAGAUUUGAACCCAGGUCCCUAGUGCUGUGAGGCAAUGGUACUAACCAUUAAGCCAUUGUACUGCCUUGUUUGGAAAACUACAGGAAAUUUGGUUAAUUUGGACAAAGGAUUAGUAUUUUGCAGAGAGAAAUGCACAGCAAUUCACCCAAUGAGAGCAACAGUGUUCACGAAACAAAAUAACCUUCUUUUUCACAAUGAGAUUCAAUAGGUAUAUUGGCAUUACUCCAGACCAGAAGUUAAUCGGCUUAUGUCCUGGGCAGUCAAUAGCUAGAGCUUCAGCUUAAUUAGGUCUGUCACUAGUUGCCAGGAAGAUUGUUAAAGUAAUAAACUUGUUGUUGGCUUGAUUUAACUCAAUUUGCCAACAUCUUGUCUGUUCCUAGCACAUCCAUAGGAGUAUUACUAGUAAGUGUAAAAGUAGGCAAACAGAUCUCCCUGUGUGAUUUAAAAGGCCUCAUAUUGUGAAUGGACCCAUGAAAAAAUGAAUUAUAAUGGAUUCUCCUUCUGAGAUAAAUAUCUGGGACAAUUUACAAUAAUUGAAUGGCAUUGAGGGGAAAUGGUUUCCUCAUAAAAUUUUUUGACAGUUUUGCAAUCAGGCCAUCUAAACAUUUAACUAACAGAAUAGCUUCAAAUGCUAAAUGGAGUCACUUUCUGUCUGAGGUAUUGUUUUAGUGCUAGCUAUGAACACAAUGUACAAAGACCAUGCAAAUGUAAAUAAAUUUCUGACAAUUUCUUUCUUGCCUCGUUUUACUCCAUUGUAAAGGCCUUAAGAAUUUAAUUGUCUUUGCACACCUAUUAAUUCUGAAAUUGUAACACAUAUCCAAGUUGUUGUGCCUGCGGUGUUUAGCUGCAGUUCAAAUUUGAAACGCUUUUGGGAAAUAACAUGCUAUGUAAAUUUUGUGGAAAUUUUUGAUAUUGUGUUAUUUUUUUACACCCAUGAUACAGUCAAGUAUGUAUCCAUAAAUGUAGCAUUAAUAAAACAUGGACCACUUA